GUUCACAUGAUAAAGUAGACAGAGCGAACCUCCCCGCUGCGGACAAACCAACAAUAUUAUCCCAAUGAGCGAUGAUAAAGGCAAAGGUCGUGCCCACCACGACAAAGACGCGAAAGGGACUCGUCCAGAUGAACCUCCUCCUCAAGACCCGUCACUAGUGUCACGAGUUGCAGGAUCGGCAAGCGGGCUGGCUCGCAGUGCGUUUGCAAGACCAAGUGGAAACGAGCUGAGUGAGAGUGCUGCUGCAGCUCUUGCCAAUGCUGGCAAGGGACAAUCAUCGAGUACAGGGACGGGUGGCAGCUCGACAUGGGCUGAAAGUUCCAGAGCAUCUCAGCAACCCAGCUACCAAGCGAGUGCAUCCAAUGCUUUCAGAGCUGGACAUAGUGAGGAGCAUGCGAGACAGGCCGAGGCUGAGUUCUCCUCAUUCUUAGAUGGGAUAGAUUCCUUCACGCCGUCUCAAAAUCCUGGGGAUAUUCACUCCGGAGGCCUGGGUGGCGGCUUUGGAGAAGUAUGGGCUCGGUCUCAGCGUACUGGAGAUGCCAUUUCAUCCAGACCCGUCGGAUACCGAACUGUUGCCGAACAGGAGAGUCAUGACGGGGAAGAGGUUAUAUCUAUAUUAUCUGCCCCUGGUGAUAUACACGAUCCAUUCGAGGCCCCACCAGAAGAUGACGAGGACUACGAUUGGGGACUUUCGCAAGAGCAGAUCACCCAGCUUCGAGCGAUGACAAAGGACAUUCUCCCCCCACCAGAGCCACACAUACCUAUCUCUCCUGAAAACCCCUUAAAUUUGGUUCCGAAUUUCGAGGGAAUGGAUCUCGGUGCGACUGCUGUUACGUCACAAAUGCACCCUGGAAUUGAUGGUCAGCAAUUGGCUGCUAGAGAAGCAUGGCGAGAGCAGUGGGGUGAUGUCUUGACUCGGUACACAGAUGAAGUUUGGGGAGGAUUGCUACCGCUUGUAAAGGAGGCGCGCAAAGAGGUCGAGGAACUUCAAAGUAGCGAACCAGCGGCGGGGCAGACGAAGGCCAUUAGGAGAUUAGGAGCUAUAUUGGGGCAUCUACAAAAGAAGUGAUUGUACAUGGAUUUCUGACCAGCGUUUUUAGUGUAUCAUAAGGAUGGAUGCGCAUGCGGAGAAUUGAUGUUGUACAAUAAGCACAUGAGGGAUAGUAACUACGUUCAGGUUUUAGUAUGGCGGGAUCUACUUCACAGGAUAUCACUCAUGCUAUUUGUUCACUGCG